UAAUUGAAAGCAAUUUAAUUAUUAUCAAAUUUCACAUAGGUAAAUAACACGUAACUAAUUAAAAUUGUAUACAAUUAAUCCUGUUGUGAAUACUUUUUUAGUGUUUUUAAAAGACGUUUUUUAAGAAAAUGUCUUACGGUAUAGUUUCACACUAAAAAAUCCCUUUUGUCUAGUAAUCAGACUUAAAAACCCGAAAACAAAUAAACGCCAUACAAAUUCGGAAAUUGUUCGACGACAUUAUUGUAUAACUGAACAAGACCAGAUAAAAAAUGAAACUUAUAUGUAUUUUAAUAUCAUUUGCCUUGGUAAAUGUAUUGGUCGCUAAAUUAGAUGACUAUGUAAAGCAGUUUCUCAUAACAAACAAUCACAUCAAGCUCGCGAAAAAUAGCAUGCCGCAAAUAAUUAAAAAUAUUCUUAAUAAAUAUUCAAUUGGAGAAACGGUUUUUAUGUUGGCGACACCGGAAAAAGAUAACCCUUGCCUAAAGCCUCAUGACAUGAUAGAUUACGAAAAAUUGUUGCAAUCGGAAAUAAGUGCUGCAACAGGUAUCGACGCACCUCAGGUAAAAGAAGAAAAUUUGGCUAAACUUUUAAAAGACAGAAUAACUACUACUACAACAUCUUUAAGAAGCAGAAUCAUCCGUGCAUCAGACAAUAUAAGACCUCAUUUUCUAACUGAAUUGAGAAGUGCAAGAAGAAUUAUGACUAUGGAUGCUUUGAAAUUAUUAAUAGGUCAAAAAGACCCAUUAUUCUCGGAUCUGUACGAGAUGUGUCGUUUAAUAGCAUUGUUCAGAAGUAUUAAAUACCCACGUUUAUAUGAAGGAGCCGCUUCUUUUAACAUUUUUGGUAGAUAUUGUUAUAUAAUAAAUGCAUUCAGGAAUACCAAAGUAUAUACAUUCAUUGAUGGUGAAAUUUCGGAAGUUGAACCAAAUCCAGAAAAUCAUGCUCCAAUUCGGCCUUUUUCUCAUGAGUUACAUGAUCACGAAUUACAAUAAUAACUUAUUUUAUAGUACUAUUAUUGUUUUGUUAUAAAACAUUUUCACGCCACUAUAAUAUCCAAAUUCUUAUUAAAUUGAAUGUG